GAUUUCAAAAAAGGGGUUGCAAAAGCAAAAUCCUAUAGCAGCCCUGUUUUUUCCAAGGAAAGGUAGGUACUUCCUGCUGCCCACAGGGAGUUUAAUCCCAUGUGGGUGGGAGCAAUAAGAGGAAAUGCAGGGGAUGCAAAUGCUUAUGAAAAGGUGGGAUUUGGCCACAGAGGUGUGCAAAUGGGAGCUAUCAGCUGCUGCCUCGCCAGGACUCUGUACCCUGUGUCCUCCCAGGCACGAGACCAUUUAUUGCUGUGACGUGGGAUGGGACGCUCGUUCCUUCUCCCUUUCCGGGAGGAGGGAGGCGGGUUGAUGCCGAAGGGCAGCACAGCUGAAGGAGCUGCCAGUGUGCCUGAGAGUUUUACUCUCUUUCUUUCUUAUUUUCCCUAGAAUCAACCCCUGAUCUGGCCCUUCCACGGCUUCAGCGAUGUUGCCAGGGAAAGCAGAUAAAAGAAUUGCUUCAUCCAUCUUCAUCACCCUCGUGCCACCACGGAGGGACGUGGCCACCAAGGAGAAAACCCAACGGGAGCCGCAGCCAGGUGGUGCCGAGGUCCCUGGCACCCAUCAGCCCCAGAUCCUGCUGUCACCCCCCACGCUGCCCAACGGAGAAACCCAGCCGGUGGCCCCUGUACCUGCAUCCCCACCAGUCCUGCCCCUCUCUGAAGUGCCCCAGCCCUUGUCCGUGGAGCCGCUGGGUCUGGCACUGCAGCAACUAGACCUUGCAGCACCUUCCACUCUCCAGGCCCCUUCCACCUUCCCUGCUGAAUUGAAGCCACCCACAUUUUCCCAGGAACAAGCAGGCAAGCGGCAGUGGCAGGAUGUGAAUGGUGACCUGGGGAGGGACAGCUCCAGAGACAUCUGUGCCUUCUGCCACAAAGCGCUGGGGCCCCGGGAGCCGACGGUGGAGGCAAUGCGGAAGCAGUACCACCCUGACUGCUUCACCUGCCGCACAUGCCACCGACUCCUGGCUGGGCAGCGCUACUUCCAAAGAGAUGGGUGCCCCACGUGUGAGACCUGCUUCCAGGCCACGCUGGAGAAAUGUGCCAAGUGCCAGGGGCUGAUCACGGAGCACAUUGUCCGUGCUCUGGGCAAGGGCUACCACCCCAGCUGCUUCUCCUGCGCUGCCUGUGGCCGGGCCAUCGGCACGGAGAACUUCGCCGUGGACGAGCAGGGUGACGUGUACUGCGUGCCCGACUACUACAGGAAAUAUGCUGCGGUGUGCAGCGCCUGCGAGCGCCCCAUUGUCCCCCGUGAGGAUGAGGACACCUACAAGAUCGAGUGCCUGGGACGCAGCUUCCACGAGAGCUGCUACCGCUGCGAGAGCUGCAGGAUGCCUCUGUCACCGGAGCUGACAGAGAAUGGGUGCUACCCCCUGGACAACCACCUCCUCUGCAAGUCCUGCCACAUCCACUGGCGCAACGAGUCAUCCUGCUGAGACCCUGCAACUCAUCAUCCCCUUCCAGUGCCAGGCAACAAAAAGGGGGUGCCCACAGUGGGAUGAGCCCCAUGGCUGACCCUGGGUGCCUGCUGCACCCCCAAAUUACUGCAGAACUGGGUUUUCAUCACCAAAAUGUCCCCAGGACCCUGACCCGGUGGGCUGGCGGGAUGAAAAAUCGUGGAUAUGUCCCAGCACAGCUCUGCACUCAUAACGAAUAUAAAAUGCCCUGACAGAGCAGCAAUGAGGAGUGGAGGUUUUAUUCCUUAUUGAUUUUUUUAAACUCCUUUUUCCAAAGGCCAGUUUGGUUUUCUUGGGUGGUGUUUCUUUCUUCUCGAGCUUCCUUGGGGUUUCACUGAAAUGUUUCUCUCUGUGGAGAGCGGGCACUGAUUUAGUUAAUCACAGUUAAAUAAAACCCCGAGUUU